AACCCGAAUGGAAGCCAUCGGCGCAGCGAAAGCAAGUCAAUCGAGUUUGAAAUUGACAAAUUGAUAACAAUAACUACAGUUUAACUUUAAAAACAAACUUUAUUCUCGACCUUGGUGCCGCGAUAUUUUAAGCACUGUUCGAAGGUGCUGCAUCUGGCUUUGCUGGAAGUAGUUGCCUCCUUGUUUAUAUUUUUGCGAGCGAGCUUGAAGGAGGCCCAGUCGGGUGCAAGUGGACAGAAGCGGCCGCCUCGGAGUGUGAGUUGAGUGGUUCGGCCUGUUAGAGCGCCAAAGAAUAUGAAACAGACGUCACAAUGACAUCAAGAUUUGGUAAAACCUACAGCCGGAAGGGAGGGGACGGGAGCUCCAAGUUUGACGAGGUCCUGUCCAACAAGAGGGCCACGCUCAGCACCAAAUGGGGCGAGACCACCUACAAGGCCCAGCUGGGCUCCAAGCGGCCGGGCCUGAAGGCCGAGACCACCGAGGUGUCCAAGAGGCCCCGGCGCGCCGAGGAGGAUGGCUCGGAUGACCCCUUUGGCUUCGACAGCGACGAUGACUCCAAGCCCGUCACCUCCCGCAAUGUCCCCCAGCCCAAACCCUCCCCAGCCAAGCCGGCCUCCACCGAGCCGCCCUGGGCGGAGAGGCCGAGCCUGACCUCCGAUUCCAACAGCUGGGUCAGCCAGCCAGCGAGCGUGGAGGCCGUGGCCCCCAGCAGGGCUACCUCCGCCCUGGACAGUGACAGGGUCACGCACAGCGUCCCCGAGGAUGGCGGCAGCAGGGCCUUCAACAGCACCACUGCAGGCAAGGCAUGGCAGUCGAGGUCCAGCGAAGGCUCCGAAAAGAACAGCUUCACCUGGUACAAAAACGCCUCUGAAAGCGACAAGAAGCCCACGUCCCAGACCAUCACCCUAAAGACGGAGGCCAAGGACUCGAUGGACAGCUGGAGCUCCGUGGUGGACAUGUGGUCCUCCUCCCCCAGCAGGGAGCAGAGAGACUCGCCCUCGAUGUGGGCCGCCAGGACGGAGGACGACGCCGCCUCCGACCCGGGCAGGGACCCGGAGGACAAGCCGAAAAGCGGCGAGGCGGGCCAGGGGGACAGCGAGGCCCCCGCCGAGCCGGCAGAGCCCGAGGACCACUCCCAGUCGCUCCUCAGGGCCUCCAACUGCCGGACGUACCACCGGCCGGGUAAGAGCAGGCAACCGCCGAGCGGGGACGCGGCCAGCGGCAAUGCUCCCGGCGCCAGCGGCGGCCAGGCCUCGUUGAAGACCAACAGCGUGGCCGACAGCAAGCCGAGUGGCAGGGGCCGGACGCGCGACUACACGGUGCUGCACCCGUCCUGCCUGUCCGUCUGCAACGUCACCAUCCAGGACUCCAUGGAGAGGAGCAUGGACGAGUUCAUCACCACCAGCUCCGCCGACCCGGGGGAGGCCGGCCGGCUCAGGAAGAAGACAGAGGCUGCACCCGCCAAGCCCGCCAGGUUCAGGCCCACGCAGAGCAAGUCUAAGAAGGAGACAAAGCUGGAGUUCUUCGGCUUCGAGGAGAACGAGGGCCAGGAGGUGGAGGGGGACCCCACGGCUUCCGGCAGCACCAACUACAAGAUCAAGUACUUCGGCUUCGACGACCUGAGCGAGAGUGACAGCGAGGAGGAGGAGGAGAGCCCGACGGCCGAGAGCAGGCGGGCCAAGAAGAAGGCAGCGGCCGCAGCUGCAGCGGCGGCGGCAGCAGCUGCGGCCGCAGCGACGCCCACCAGCGUGGACAGCCCGCAGCCCAGCGACUCCCAGGACAGCCAAGCCAGCACAAACACAGGGACCACCAAGACGUUGGCCUCUAGCGGACGGAAGCAACACAGCAGCCAAUUAUCAGACAUUCUGGAAUUCUCUGACUCCGACUCCGCUCCCACGGUGUCUGAAGUGCCGAAGAGGCUGCAGGGAAAACAGUCGGAAAAAUCCAGGGAGACCGGGAGGAAGAUCUUCAGCGGCCCAAAAAAGUCUCCGACGAAAGCUGUUUAUAACGCCAGACACUGGAACCGGCCAGAACCUGAGGAACUGCCUCCACCGCCUCUGUCACGUUCACAGACGGCCCCGGCCAGUUUGUCGGGGGGCAGCAAAGAGACAAACUCCCACAAGGACGACGGGGUGUUCAAAGCUCCGCCCCCGCCUCCCAAAGUCAUCAAGUCCGUGACCAUCCCCACCGAGCCCUACCAGGACAUCGUCACCGCACUGAAAUGCAGGAAAGAGCACAAGGAGCUGUAUACUGUCGUCCAGCACGUGAAGCACUUCAACGACGUGGUGGAGUUCGGGGAGAACCAGGAGUUCACAGACGACUUUGAGUAUUUAGCAACAGGUCUCAAGAGUGGUCAGCCCCUCAACACGCGCUGCCUUAGUAUUAUAAGCCUGGCCACGAGGUGUGCCAUGCCCAGCUUCCGCAUGCACCUGAGGGCCAGAGGCAAGGUCGCCCACGUCUUCAAAACCCUGAACGAUGCUCCGCAGCACCCGAACCUGGCCCUGUGCACGGCCUCCCUGAUGUACAUCCUCAGCCGGGACCGGCUCAACAUGGACCUGGACCGGGCCAGCCUGGACCUGAUGAUCCGGCUGCUGGAGCUGGAGCAGGACCACACGGCCGGCGACCAGCUGACCGCCAAGGAGAUGGCCAAAGUGAAGGAGAAGAUCCGCAAGCUGUGCGAGACGGUGCACAACAAGCACCUGGACCUGGAGAACAUCACGACGGGGCAUUUAGCCAUGGAGACCUUGUUGUCGCUGACCUCCAAGAGAGCCGGGGACUGGUUCAAAGAGGAGCUGCGGCUGCUGGGUGGCCUGGACCACAUUGUAGAUAAAGUGAAAGAGUGUGUGGAAAACCUGAGCCAAGAGGACGACAAGGAGAAACUGGUAGCGUCACUAUGGGGGGCAGAGAGGUGUCUACGAGUGCUUGAAAGUGUAACCGUUCAUAACCCGGAGAACCAGAGCUACCUGAUCGCUUACAAGGACUCCCAGCUCAUCGUCUCCUCAGCAAAGGCCCUGCGGCGCUGCGAGGAGAUGAUCCAGCGCUACAGCCGGGAGGUGAACAGCAGCCGCUCCUCGUCCGGCACCGCGCUGCCGCACUGCAGCUUCAGCAACGUGGGCAAAGCCGUGGAGGACUGCAUGCGGGCCAUCAUCGGAGUGCUGCUCAACCUCACCCACGACAACGAGUGGGGCAGCACGAAGACGGGCGAGCAGGAGGACCUCAUCGUCACGGCACUGAACUGCGUGCUGCGAGUGCCGCAGUACCUACCUCAGGAGCAGAGAUUCGACAUCCGAGUGCUGGGCCUGGGCCUGCUGAUUAACCUGGUGGAGUACAGCGCCAGGAACCGGCACUGCCUGGUGGAGAUGCAGAUGGACGUCUCCACGCCCUUCGACUCGGUGUGCCUGGGAGAGGGCGAGGAGCUGAAGGCCGGGGGCUCCCUGAGCGCCAUCGCGGCCCUGGUGCAGCUGUUCCUGCAGCGGGAGCGAGCUGCGGUGCUCGCCGAGGCGCAGACGGACGACUUCAUCAACGACGCCCCCAAGGCCCAGCUGGACCAGAGCGGCGAGUGGCAGGAGACGUCCGGGGAGAUCCAGUGGGUGGCUUCCGAGAACGACACCGGGAACGACAAGCAGAAGGUGAAGAAGGAGGAGGAGGAAGAGGAGCUGGACCUGAACAAGGCUCUGCAGCAUGCUGGGAAGCACAUGGAGGACAGCAUCGUGGCCUCAUACACUGCACUGUUAUUGGGCUGUCUGUGCCAGGGGAGUCCUAUGAAUGUCACUACUGUGAGGGAAAAUUUACCUAAAGGCGAUUUCUCAAUAAUGACUGAAAUGCUCAAGAAGUUCUUAAAUUUCAUGAAUCUUACAUGCGAUGUGGGCACCACGGGGCAGAAGUCCAUCUCUCGGGUCAUCGAUUAUCUGGAGCACUGUUAGAAGGGACCCUACGCAGAGCUGCAUCGUGCAGGAGAAAUGCUGGAACUGCCUGCCCGAACAAGGGGGGCAGGGGAGCUAGAGGACCCCAGAGAGAGGCUACCUUCCAGCUAAUCAUCUCUGCAACCAGUCACCACCCACAUCACCACCACCACUAUCAUCACCAUCACCACUCAACUAAAGAGCUUACUGAGCUUCCUCUCCAUGUGAGGCUGAUAACGUUGUCUUAACGUUUCAUGUUUUUUUUUUCUCUUCCUCCAGCUAGGGUUGAUGGGUCACGUAGAGAAACUGAGAGCAAGAAGGAAUCUAUAAACAAAACCUUAACAAUAAAAAUAACCAUUUUAAAGAUGUGAGCCAAUUUAAGUGUAUUGAUCAUUCCCAUAGGUCAGUCUGGUCCUUUCAGUGGGUUACAGAUAGUCUACCAUUCCCUCAAGAGCCUGAUUUAUCAAUGGAUCUAUACAAUGUCUGUAUGCUAGAAGGCCAUGUGUAAAAAUUGUGACCAUCGCUGGCUUGUUCUGCUGUAGAAAAUGUCCCUGUCUCAGUUGUGACGCAUUCAUAAUGGCCUGAGUUUCCCAUUUCUCCCGUACACAGUACUGCAGUCUAUUAGCCGAAGUAGCCAUGAACAUGUGGAUAGGUUGGAAUGUUGGAUAUUAAAUAGGUUUUUUUUUUUUUUUUUGAGCUUGGGGUGCAGUAUGCUGCUCCCGACUGUUGCAUUACCAGAGUCCGUGUGUCCUGAGUUGCUUACACUUUAACCAACAAAUGAUUUGAACAGUCACACCAGUGAAUCACUCAACCCACUCAUCCUGCUUGGGAGCAGCAACAGGUUCUGAUGUAGCUCUUUCCCAAAGUCAGUUCUGCCUUUAUGGGUUUUUUUUUCAUUUUUGGUUCCUGUUUAUGUUAAUAUGGUAAUGUAAAAAGUGUGAAUCAGUUGAUUACAAUGACGCAGAAGGAAGGCAAGGAAAAGUGAAUACAUUAAAAUCUUGUGUUCAGUUCAGCAGGAGCUAUUUAUGCUAACAAAAGGAAAGGGCCAGAUUCGUGCUGCUGCUUUUUUUUUAGCGCAAAAGGGUUGUGUCCUAUAAAAAAUGGGCAGAAGUGUUGAGACCACUCGUGAUACGCGCUACAGUACAGGUUUAGAGAAGACCUAAAGAGCCACACGCACAUGUGCAGCCUCCUCACUGGCUGCUCAUAGAAACGGACGCUUUCCCACCGAUUCCAUCCUGACCUUUUCCCCUUUUUCUGCUUCGCAUGGUAAAACAAGUGCUCGGCUUUGAGAGGUACUCUUCAGUCUGAAGUGGUGAUGUUUUCACAGUUGACAUGUACCAGGGGUGGAAACAGUUGGGACAGCAGAAGGGUGCCAUUGUUCCCCUUUGUCCCUCCAUGAGAAAAGUCAUGGUACAAAGUGUAUAAUUCGGGAAGAGAAUUGGAAGGGAUGACCCUAGUCCUUUAAAUUCAGAUUUCAGUUUGUUUGCAUCCAAUACCAAUGUAUGUUGUAAGGGGUUUCCGGUAAUGCUCCUGUCUCUGUAUAUAUGCAGGCUAAUGUGGCAAUAAUUUUUUUUUCCACCCAACGCAACAUGCUUUUUAAUGAAUGGACGUGUUAUGCUUUUAUCCUAAUUUAAGUACAAAAUAAAUCAGCAGGACUGGAAUAUAAUUUCUAAUUUUACAAUUUUGAAAUAAAGCACUUGAAUUACAAAAGAGAAAUGCAUUGUUCAUGUCCUUAUGCCUUCAUGAACAGCUUUUCAAAAAAAUUUCACCAGACCACCUCAUUGCUGGUUAUUGGCUGACACUCACGCAUAACCCCCCCUGUCCCCCUAAAAUUAUAGCUGAACUCUUUGUUAAAUAAUGGUCUGACUCAGUUUGUUGGCUUGGCCUAAAGGAGAAACGGUAUUAGAACUCAAUUUCACGGCGAAAUGUUUUACUCUGGUGGAACUGAGGGCAGUUUUGCUUUAUUUUACAGAGAGUUGUGAGAUUGAACUUGAUCCAUUAUCUUCUAGUAAAUGUAUUAUUAUUUCCAGUGUCCUUUCCGUCUUUACAGCGAAAGCUGUCUGCCUUAUUUACUUUGACUCAUUCAUACUUUGGAACUGUGACC